CCAACGCAGAAAGAGAGAAAGAAAGGAAAGUUAUCUUUCAGAAUAUGGAGUUUGGUUCGGAAAUAUCUGGUCAUGAAGUCAAGGACGAGAAGAGAAGUGAAUCCAGUAUUGGCGAUGAAGAAGAUCGUCGUGAACAAGAGAUUGUUAUGCAGGAGCCACCCCUCACUACUAUCGAAAGAUCUACCGUUGAGGCUGGACCAAAUGCAUCCCCGACCAAAAAGGAAGAGGUUGACGAACUUGAAACUGCGAAAGCCGAAAUGGGUGAAGUGAUACAAGAAAAUCAACGACUAAAGAUGAGUCUGAACCGAAUAUUAAAUGAUUACCGUACACUGCAAAUGCAAUUCCACAGCAUAGUUGAACAAGAGACAAAAGAUUCUUCUGACAAAGUGAAAAAUAAUGAUCAUCAAGAAACAAUAAUAGAGGAAUCAGAUCUAGUUUCCCUCAGUCUUGGAAGACUUCCAAGAAGCAAUGAGAAAGCUAAAGCCUCUAAACCUUUGAAAGAUGAAGAAGAUAAAGAAGGCUUGUCUCUUGGACUGGAUUGCAAAUUUGAAACAUCGAAAUCUGGAAGCAGCACUGAACAUAUGCCAAAUGCAAGCCCUGAUAAUAGUGUUGAAGCACCGAAGGAAGAAGCUGGUGGGGAGAGUCCACCUAAGAAGGGACACAAGACAAAUAGAGAUGCCGGAGAGGAUGAAGUUUCUCAGCAAAACCCUACAAAGAAAGCAAGAGUUUGUGUCAGAGCAAGAUGUGACACCCCAACUUUGAAUGAUGGAUGUCAAUGGAGGAAAUAUGGACAGAAGAUUUCAAAGGGAAAUCCUUGCCCUCGAGCUUACUAUCGUUGCACAGUUGCACCAUCAUGCCCCGUAAGAAAGCAGGUGCAAAGAUGUUCACAAGACAUGUCCAUACUAAUCACAACCUACGAAGGUAACCACAACCACCCUCUUCCUCUUUCAGCUACUGCCAUGGCUUCCACCACUUCUGCAGCAGCUUCCAUGCUAUUAUCCGGCUCAUCAACCUCACACUCUGGAUCAAGACCAUCCACUUCUGCAGAUCUUCAUGGCAUGAACUUCUUCCUAUCAGAUGGUUCCAAAUCAAAGCAAUACUACCUCUCCCAUCCUGCACUCUCAUCUUCACCUUCACACCCUACCAUCACUCUUGAUCUCACGUCUAAUCCACCCUCUUCUUCACCACCCUUUGUUAAAUUCACUUCAAACUCAAACUACAACUCACAAAGGUACCCUUCCACGAGCCUCAACUUCGGUUCAAACGAGUCCAAUGCUACAUCUUGGACCAAUAACGGGUUCCUCAGCUACACCACACAACAACAACAACCAUAUAAUAACAAUAGGAACAAUGUGAAUUUCCUUAGCAACAUAAACCUUGGAAGACAACAACAACAACAACCACAGCCAAUGGAGAACAUCCUCAACUCCUACAUGCAAAGGAACAACAACAACAACAAUAUUCCAAUCCCUCCACCACAACAUUCUCUGCCAGACACCAUAGCUGCAGCAACAAAAGUAAUCACAGCAGACCCUAAUUUUCAGUCAGCUUUGGCAGCAGCACUUACAACAAUUAUUGGCUCAGGAAGCACUAACCAAGGUGCUGUGGAAAAUAAUCUGACUCAGAAAAUGAAAUGGGGUGAGUUGUUUCCAUCAUCUUCUGCAUUACCUUCGUCUUCUAAAGUGAGUGGCUGUGCAUCAAGCUUCUUGAACAAAUCACCCGCUAGUACACAGGCAGCAAGUUUGAUGUUUCUUCAGCCACCUUUGCCACUUUCUAGCCCCAGAAGCGCUUCUGGGUCUCCCGGAGAUAACAGAGACAAGAAAAAUUAGUUAUUGGGAUAUUCAAACACGUACAAGAGAGGUCAUGUUUAAAUCUUAUGUUAUUUGUUUAAUUUUUACAGAAUGGAAGAUAGACACGUGAUUUUAAUAUGACCUUAUCAUGUUAAAAUUUGACUAGUUUAGGUAGUAGGUUUGGCUUGCUAUUAUGUAAUUAAGAUGGAUAAGUAAUUUUGAGAAUGUACACAUAAAUAAAGAAUGCUGGACGUAAAAUUUCCAUUGGUUUAUUGGUGAUGUUUAUCACAUUGUAGCUGGAUUAUGUCAAAGAGAUAAGAAAAAUUGUUUAAUCUGUUGUUUAGCUUGUUACUUAAACUU